AUGGUUCGUUAUUUUCUAGAUUCGUGCCCUUACAUUGAGAAAAUAUCCAUAAGGGGCUCCGUUGAUACGAAAGAUGUCGAGUUUGUUGACCCGUUGCCGUAUAUGAAAGUAUUGGAAAUAUCCGAGUGUUGCAACAUUCAGAGUCUAGUUAUAUCUGUUAAGAAUCUUGUGUCCUGUACCUAUGAAGGAAACGAGCUCGGUAGUUUUCCAGUCAAGAAUGUUCCUAAUCUCUCCGAGCUAACUCUUGGUGGGGUGUUUUGUGAAUCCUUCGUUUACGAACCCAACAAACACUCGAACUAUUCAGCUCAACUGGUGAAGCUUGUGUUGAAUCUUCAUACUACGAGUGUCGCUAGACAAAUUUUUCCUCAUGAUUUGCCUCAGUUACACGCUCUCAAGCGGCUGGAAUUGAGCAUCGUGUCGCAAGUUGGCCGAAGCCUUCUCCUUUUGACGUCGUUGAUCAAGGCAUCUCCUCAAUUGCACGAGUUUAAAAUCAAGAUAAACUACUUAGUGCCUUGCUCGCCGUUUAUCUAUGUGUCGAGUUUGGUUCCGUUUCCGGAAGUAACCUCAGUGGAGGCAGAUGUUUUUUAUCAUAAAAAUCUAAAUGCGGUUGAAAUAGAUGGAUAUUGUGGGUGUGCGAGUGAAGACGAGUUCAUUGGGCCACUCUGUAAAAUCGCUGCCACGUCACUCAAGACAGUGAUUAUAGAUACGGACUGUGAUUACUAUCGCGACCAUCCAGACUACAAAUACAUUAUCGUAAUGUAUAGACCGAGACAAGACGGCAAAUUGCCGAUGAUGAAAGGGGUGAAGAAGCGGAAGAGGGCCCAUGAAGAACCGAUUGAGGAUGGGCAUAUGAAUCGUUUUGACGCCAAAAAACAUGCCGAGAGAUUCGCUUCCUGUUUUCCGCCAUUCGGAAUCAAAUUUAUUGUAAGAUGA